AUGAGUUUCUGGGGGGAGACCAUACAAGGAGAGUCAGAAAUCUCUGACAACGAGGUAGACAUCGCCAUCACUCGAGCAACUGUCCGGAGCUCACUCAAGGAUGGGGCCAAAGCAUCCCUGCUCUUCAAACAUGAGGAGGCAAACGAGUGGAUGUUCGCUUGUCAUUUCAUCGGCUCCGUCAAGGAGUCCCUCCCCCUAAGCAUCUUCGUCACCUGUGGCAGUAAAGUAUCCUUCAAGGUCAACGGAGGCUGUUCGGUGGAUCUCUCGGGAUACCAGGCGCUUCCUUUCUUCGAUGACAUGUCAGACGAGGACUCAGAGGAUGGCAUGCUCAUGGAAGACGAGGCCAGCGAUGUCGAGGAGGAGGAGGAGGAGAAGGUAGUCCCUCCUGACAGCACGACCAAGAGGAAGCGUGAAGACAAGAAGGAGGAAAAAGAGACCCGCAAGACAGCCAAGACAACUGAAACUGCGACGGUAAAAACCAACGAAAACUCAAGCAAAGCCAGCAACCAGCAGGUGCAGAAGAGCCAACCCAACGGAGAAGCGAAAGCCAAGAACGAGGAGAAGGCGAAGGGGCAGGAGAAGGCGAAAGAAUCUGAAGCCAAGAAGAACUUCAUUCCGGCGCCCUCCUUCCAAGGCAGCAAGCCAGGCUACGUCUUCAAGAAGGACAAACAGGGCCUCGGAUACUACCUUGACAAGAAGCCCGAGGUCUCGACGACUACUUCGGCUAAGGGAAAACAAAACAAGCAGUCGCAGGCCGACGCUUGGGCGGAGAAGAAGGUGGAGCAGAUGAAGGUGCAUCAGGGACCUGGAGGAUUGAAGUGGAAGGACCUUGCCGUUGGGACUGGCGAAGAAAUCCGCAAAGGCAUGCGAGUGAGCAUGCAUUACAAGGGAAAGUUGAGCAAGAACGGCAAACAGUUUGACUCCUCCUUCGGACGGGGCCCCUUCACGUUUCGAUUCGGAGCUGGCGAGGUGAUCAAGGGAUGGGACCUUGGGUUGCAAGGGAUGAAAGUGGGAGGAAAGCGCAUCCUCGAGAUCCCCUCCGCGCUCGGAUACGGAAAGCGAGGAGCCGGCAAAGACAUCCCUCCCAACUCUGACCUGACCUUCGAGGUGCAGCUCCUCAAGUGCCAGAGGUAG